GCGCUAGCUAAUAUCUGCGCAUGCUCACUGGCGAUGCGUGUCCGGCCAGCUGGCUGGUUUGGAGCCGCCUGCCCUUCAACACAGCCGGGGGCCGGGGGGAAGCGCCGCGUGGCAGUCAGCGGCUGCAGGAGCGGGGACCGCCCGCGGAGAGGACCCGCUUCGCGCAGAGCCGCCGACAAGUAUUUUCCAUAGGAUUGAAAAAUGAAGAGAGAAGAACAAUAUUAUUUGACCUCCAAUGGCAAAAGGAGAUUUCUAGAGUGCUUCCUGUAAAGUAUUUUGUAGAAGAAUGCAUUCUUCAAAGAAUAAAAAUGUAGAAAAGCCAGAACCAUUUUAUAGACCUUCAGCACCUAAGCAGAAGACCAGUGCUGAGAUAAUAAAUGAAGCACGAAAUGCACUAAGGACUUUAAGGACUCAGAGGCCAUUUACACCUAGAGAGGGCCAAAGGAAACUUUUUGGAUCUGCAUCUUCACGAACACCAGAAAAUAGACCACCUUCCACUUUUAGUCUCCAUGCUUCCAGUUUUGAAUCGGGUGAAUCAAGACCGGUGUCUGGUACACGUCUCAGCCCACUGGACCAUAAGCCAAAACUACUUUCAUCGCCUACAAAAGAUGAAGAUUCUUCCAUUUCCUUCCCGAAGCCUCCAGUGGACCCAAUGGAGGUUAGGAAAGUCAGCAGUGUCCGGGCUCGCUUAUGUAGAACAGCUUCUCAGGGAAAUCUUCUUCCAGAUAAAAUAUUUCUUCCUGAUGAGAAUAAGGAGGGGGUAAAUUCUGAAGAACCAGCUACCAUGGAUGAUCUUUCAAGGAGAAGUAAUAAAAGUUGUUUAGCAGAACUAAGUCCACACUCCAAUUUUAAGGAUGAUGGUAUUCCACUAAUUUACAAUGAGCAUAAUAAGGCAGAGGAGCAAGACUUCUUAAAAGGGGCAGUAGCAACAUCUCCAUUGCAAUUCAGAAGUGGAAGUGACCAAAUUAAAAACGGUGACAGGGCUUCAUCAAAUCUAAGCAGCACUGGCUGGAAUAAAUCAGGAAGCAAAGCAGGCUCAGAGAAUGACUCAAGAGUAAAUGAAACAGAAGAGGAAGAAAACUACUGGAAUGUAAAGAUUGUACCAAUUGUAUAUGAAUUAGAGAAUGAAGACAAUAUAGAAAACCUCUGUCGUGCCUGCACCAGUCUCCAUCAAGCCUUGGAAGAAGGAAAUAUGUUUGGAAAGAGAUUUAAAAGAAGAAGUGCGCUUCUGAAGAUAUUAUAUAAACUAGUUGACAUUGGUUCAGACCCACUUGGUCUAAAACUGGCAAGAAUGAUUCUGGCUCUUAAAGUAAGUGGAAAGAAUCUGCUCAAUGUCUGCAAGCUUGUAUUUAAAAUUAGUAGAAAUGAGAAAAAUGAUUCGCUCGUUCAAAAUGAUGGUCUAUUGGAUUCUUUGUUGGAGAUCCUGAGAUUUGAAGAUCUACAAACAAACAAUGAGGCUUUUCUGUAUUGCCUGGGAGCAAUAAAAUUCAUUUCUGGAAAUGCAGUACUCCUUAAUGAACUGGUUAACAAAGGAGCUGUUGAAAUAUUGUUUCAGUUAAUGAAACAGAUUAAUAAUAUUAAAGAAAAUGACACACAUUUCUCCAACUUGGGCCACCUCUUAGUCCAGCUGACAGCUACUUUGCGAAACUUGGUUGAUUUACCUCUUUCAAGAUGCCAGCUCCUGUGUAGUGGUGCAGUUUCAGAGCUCUGGGUGGUGCUGGAGCAGCGUAUGAAUGAUAAGGAUAUAUGUACCAAUAUUGUCAGGAUAUUCAGCAAACUUUCUUCCUACAAUGACUGCUGUGCAGCUCUGGCAGCAUGCUCCAGAUGUUAUGUCUUAUUUUUAGCCCUUCUAAACAAACACCAAAAGAAGCAGGAUUUAGUUGUCCGUGUUGUUUUCAUUCUUGGCAAUUUAACAGCGAAGAACAACCAGGCCCGUGAACAAUUUUUUAAAGUGAAAGGAAGUGCUGACACCCUGAUAUCAUUAUUCCAAACGUACAAUGAAUUUGAUUUGAAUACAAAAAAAGAGAAACAUGAAAGAGAAGAAAAUAAAUCAAAACAAAAGCAUCCUUCAGAAGCAGAAGAUGUCCUUAUAAAACUGAUAAGAGUGCUCGCCAAUCUCUCCAUUCAUCCUAAUGUUGGUGCUGUUCUGGCAGCUAACCAUCACAUUGUGGCAUUGCUUGUUACAGUGCUAGAAUACAAGUCAGUUGAUGACUGUGAGGAGCUGGUGAUCAACGCUGCCGCAACAAUCAACAAUUUAUCCUAUUACAAAGUGAGGAAUUCUGUAAUCGAAGACAAGAAGCUACACAUUGCAGAGUUGCUUCUAAAGCUGCUAAUGAGCAGCAAUAUGGAUGGAAUUCUGGAAGCUGUUAGAGUCUUUGGCAAUCUUUCCCAAAACCUUGAGAUCUGUGACUUCAUCAUACAGAAGAAGGUAUACAAGUUCAUGAUUGCUUUGCUCGAUGCCAAACAUCAAGAUGUCUGCUUUUCUGCCUGUGGAGUUCUGCUAAACCUUACCGUGGAUAAGAACAAACGAGCUAUACUAAAGGAAGAAGGAGGAAUUAAGAAGUUAGUUGAUUGUUUAAGAGACUUUGGGCCUACAGACUGGCAGUUGGCUUGCUUGAUAUGCAAAACGCUGUGGAACUAUAGUGAAAAUAUCACAAGUGCUGCAUCAUGCUUUGAAGACGACGAUAGCAAUACGCUUCUAGUGCUGCUUGCAUCAUUUUUAGAUGAGGAAUUAGCAUUGGAUUACAACUUCGACAGAGAUUUAAGGGACUAUCACAAACUGUAUUGGGAAACAGAGUUCAAGCCUGUGGCACAGAAGCUUCUCAACAAAAUUCAAAGCCACCAUUCCUUCCUUCAGCCUAUAACUAUUACUUCAUUUUAACCUGGGGGCUGCUAAACUGUUAAUACAAACCGCAGACUAUUUCAGCUGUUUUAAAAUAGAAGUAGUAAAUGCAAACAGGGUUUGCUAUUAAUAUAUUGAAAAUAACUCCAUUAAGUGCUGAUUAUUUUUGUAUGUAGAUUGUAUAGUUGACUAUUUCUGAUGCUACCUAUACAUUUUCAUUGGCAAGCAUGCUGGACAUUAUGGGAAAAAUGAAUAAAAUUAAUUUAUCUCA